AUGGAUGGCCCGGCGCGAUGCAACGGGCUUCGGAAGAAGCGGCGAUCGCGGUCCCAGCGCGACCGGGAGCGGCGAGCCAAAGGCGGGCGGCGCGGCUCGGCCACCGGCGGGGCCGCCGGCCCCGGGGCCGCCUCGGCGCUCUCCUCUUCGGGUUCGGAGAAGGAAGACAAUGGGCCCCCGCCGCCGUCCCGGCCGCGGCCCCCCCGGAGGAAGCGGCGGGAGUCUUCCUCGGCCGAAGAGGACAUUAUCGACGGUUUCGCGAUGUCCAGCUUCGUCACUUUCGAGGCGCUGGAGAAGGACGUAGCUCUGAAACCUCAGGAACGGGUGGAGAAGCGACAGAAUCCUCUCGCCAAGAAAAAACGGGAAGCACUCACCAAUGGGCUCUCCUAUCUUCCAAAAAAGAACAGACUUCACCACCAGUACAGCUCCGACCGGGAAAAUGAUCGGAAUCUUUGCCAGCACCUUGGGAAAAGGAAGAAAAUCCCCAAGGGCCUCAGACAGCUCAAGCCAGGUCAAAACAGUUGCCGAGACAGUGACAGUGAAAGUGCCAGCGGGGAAUCGAAAGGUUUCCAGCGAAGCAGUUCUCGGGAAAGGCUCAGUGACAGCUCAGCUCCUUCCAGCUUGGGAACAGGCUACUUUGUAAGUGUAUCUCAACUUUAA